AAUGGCUUAUGCCAUUAAGGCCAAUAAACAACCACAAUUGAAUAUUUCACAACCAACAUCUACAAUUUCUUCAGUUCCAACCCUUCAUGAGUUUUUUGUAAAACUAAAUAAAGAUUAUGAUGCCGGUGAUAAUGAUUAUUUAAAAUUGGAAAGGCAUUUGCAAGAGAAAAACUAA